AUGAGUUGUAGCUCCUCCAUCAGCUGUUUUGCUCUUCCUCCUUGCAGUCACCCCAUGUUCCUGCGUCGGUUGACCUCCUACUGCAAUUGCGUCCUUCCUCAAAGCCAUCAUACUCGCUGCAGCACCUCCUCUGCUGCCCAUAGCUCCCAUUUCUUUCCUGGUCCUUCAUGGUUAGCGGUGCUCGGAUUUCCUCCGUCGCCUCCUUCUGUCCUCCACAGCGUCCGUUAUUCAUUGUACACCUCCAUCAGGGUCACGAUGGAGCAGCCUGACAGAGGGCCUUCGUACAAACGGAGGAGGAGCGUAGAGGAGAACAGUGGACCUGGAGGAGGAGGUGUCAAGAGGGAGCAAUUUCAGAUGGGUGUCGAACCAGUCCCGGAUGGAGCGAGCAGAAGACGUGCGGAACAGUGGACGUCGGACAGAGUUCCACCUUGUCACCCUACAGGCAGUACAAGCAGCAAACCAAAAUCCAGUCAUCGGGAGUCACCAGAUAAACCCCAGUCCAAAGAUCAGGUGGCAGAGAAGCAGGAGAGACGCAGCCCAGAUAGAACAGGACACCAAGAGGAACUGAGUGACAGCAGUGUUCAGAGUAGAUUGGGACUGUGGUCCAAGCAGCCAGAAGAACAGGCGGCGGGAGCCAGCAGGUGGCACAGUACACGUGGAACCCUUGCAGGCAUCACGCAGCAGGACAUUGUCAGACCUGUGAGACCUCUUUUGAGACGCUGGGAAACAUGUCCUGCAUGCAGUGUUGACCUCCAGCCACCAGAGGAUAGUAAAGCAUUUGAUUUCUCAGUGCUGUGCUACAACAUAUUGUCUCAGGAUCUGUUGGAGGACAACUUGUCCCUGUACUGGCACUGCGAUCCAGCCAUCCUGGCCUGGGAGUACCGGCUGCCCCGGCUGCUGGCGGAGAUCCAGUUGUAUGACGCUGACAUCCUGUGUCUGCAGGAGGUUCAGGAAGACCACUAUGAAAAGCAGAUCAAACCUGCUCUCCAGGCUCAGGGUUACCAGUGUGAGUACAAGAAGAGAACUGGGAGGAAACCAGACGGCUGUGCUAUUGUCUUCAAAAGUUCCCGCUUCUCUCUGUUGUCCUCCAAUCCUGUGGAGUAUUUUCGCUCUGGUGACAGGCUCCUGAACCGGGACAAUGUGGGCCAGAUAGUGUUGCUGCAGCCAGCGGGUAUAGCGGGUCAUCGGGACUUGCCGUCCUUCAUCUGCGUCGCUAACACUCAUCUCCUGUUUAACCCGCGGCGCGGUGACGUCAAACUGGCCCAGCUGGCGAUCCUGUUGGCCGAGAUCAGUCGCUUGACGGGCCUCCCAGCCGGAUCCCACAAUCCGGUUGUCAUAUGUGGGGAUUUAAACUCCACCCCCUGGAGUCCUCUGUACAACUUCCUGACCACUGGGCACCUCCAGUAUGAGGGGAUGCAGAUAGGCAUGGUGUCUGGUCAGGAGGACCCGCCCAGAGGUCAUGAUAUCCUCAUGUGUCCCAUCUGGUGCCAGAGUUUGGGAAUAAACCAGAAGUGUCAGUAUGAGAACAUGGGCUCAGCCACAGGAGUGCCCUGUGAUGUGAUGGUUGAAGACAUCAGUGGCCUGAACAGGUGUGAGCUCCAGCAUAGUCUGAAGCUGCAGUCGUCCUACCAGCACAUGUUGAAGUCUGAUGGCAGGCAGGAGGUCACCACCUGUCACUCCCGUGGAGCCAUGACUGUGGAUUACAUCCUGUUCACUCCAGGUGAUGCCAGGUUUGGUGGUUGGAUUCUCAAGCAGCAGAGGAGAUUGGCCUUGGUGGGUCAGUUGGAGGUGCAGGAGGUCCAUGGCCUGCCUAAUUCCUGCCAUGCAUCAGAUCAUCUGCCUCUAUUGACUUGUUUCCAGUUAUUAAAGUAACUCAUGUAAUGUUGU